AUGAGCAAACUAAAAGUACGCAAUUUGUGUGUAAUACUCGCCUAUAUACUAAGUCAACAGUUAAUCAAAACUACUGUUGAACCAGCCUUCACUUUGGCCCCCGAUUGCGAUAACGAUGAGGAGACUACUUUGAAAGAUUGCAAAGAUUUUAUACAUGAAAUCUAUAUGAAUGAUAAUGUGCGGGAAAUUCUAAUAAGAAUGCGUGAGCUGAAUAAAGUAAUACUAGUCUAUAACACUGACCUCGCUGCAGAACCAACGGAAUAUAUUCCUCAAACCAAGAAUGUUCUUCAUCUUCAAUUGAUUAUUAAAUCCGAUCGUAAUGAAAUCCAGGAAGCAGAUAUUAUAAGCAUACCAACUGACAUACUUUAUGAGCAGAAUCUACUGGAGUCACUUACACUUAGCGUACAAGGUCUACGAAAUCAGUACUUAUCGCUGCAAAACUUGACGCAAACAUUCUUUAAAAACUUCCCUGCGCUUAGACAGCUUGACUUAGCCGGAAAUAAUAUGAGAAUGUUGGACGCCAACAUCUUUGCAGCGCUAACAAAAUUGAAUUGUCUGAAUUUGAGCAGUAAUGACAUCCGGGAAUUGUCCGAAAAUUUGUUUGCAUAUCAACCUCAACUUCUCAUACUGGAUCUGAGUCACAAUUCAUUGACAUAUUUAACGGCACACCUUUUUGAUCACACUCCUUGGCUAUGGCAGUUGAAACUUGGUGCCAAUCAACUAUACGACACCACAAAUCUUAUUGAAAAUCUGAAACCGUUGCAUUAUUUACAUAGGCUAGACGUAAGCCAAAACCAACUGCAAACUAUUUGGAGCACCAAUACUUCCGUCAAUAGAACGCCAAGUUUCCUAACAAAUUUUCGAUACAGUCACAAGCGCAUGAGUUUGGUUUUAGCCAACGGUCUUAAUUAUAUUACCAAGUUGCAACCAGAAAAUUAUAAUGGUAGCGAGAUUAAUUCAACAGUAAUCAAUUUAAGUGGCAAUCGUCUGCGCGAAUUCACUUUGGAUUGGCUUGUAGCAGCGCGCAUUUCAUGCCCUUUUGAAAUAAACCUAGAGCACAAUCUGAUUGAAAACAUUUUUGCUUUACAAAAUUCGACUGUCGAUUGUGCUCCCCAAAUUAAAAUGACUGGUAAUCCGAUCGUGUGCGAUUGUAAAUUUGCUUGGAUUUACAGUGAAAACUAUCGUUCGCUGUUCAAUGGUUUGCAGUGCGUUCAGACGUCAACCAAACCAUUAAAAGAUCUCGCGCAGUUGGAACGUAAAGAACUGUGUGCUUGGGAACCAGUAAUGUGCCCCAGCGAAUGCAAUUGUUACACACAAUUUGAAUUUCUGCACAUCAAUUGCAAGGGUGCGCAACACAUCGAACAGCUCCCUCGCCCCGAGCAAGUUGGGCUCAAGAGUUCGGUACUCGAUAUUAGCAAUAACAAUUUCAUUGUAUUGCCGUUAAACAUCACCUUCGGCUAUGGUAACGUUUCACAACUCAACGCGUCGUACAAUAAAAUCACGAGCAUAAAUAUCAGUCAACUGCCAACCAACUUGACGGUUUUGGAUCUACGAAAUAAUCGCUUAAAUUCCUUAAAUGAUGAAUUUUUGCGGACAUACCUCAAUGAGAGCACAAAACUACAAUUUCUCUAUCUAAAUGAAAAUCCUUGGUUUUGCAACUGUUCCACGCUGCAACUGCUGUACACCAUACGAACACAUCGGACACGCAUACCCGAUGCCGAACAGUUACUCUGUGUUAAUAAGCCGAACGAUACACUCCUAAUGGCAAAUGUGAGAGAAUUGCGUCCAACUCCUGUUAAUGUUGAAUAUUAUCAAAAUAUGAAUGCAACAGUGAUUAGUGUAGGGUUAACCAUUAUUGUUUUACUUUGCAUUAUCGCACUCUUUUAUAAAUAUAAAUUAGAAGUGGAAGUCUGGUUAUAUAGUCACAACAUAUUGAGAUUUUGCAUUAGUGAAUGUGAGUUGGAUAAGCAUAAAACAUUCGAUGCGUUUAUUUCAUAUGCUCACCAGGAAGCAGACUUCGUCAACUAUACAUUGCUGCCUCGACUCGAACAGUGCGAACCACCAUUUCGUUCGCGUCGGACGAUCAUUGUGCUCUCGCAGCACUUCAUCGAGUCGGAUUGGGCGCGCAUGGAGUUUCGCACAGCGCAUCAGUGCUCGUUGAACGAGGGUCGUGCGCGCAUAAUAAUUAUUAAAUAUGGAGAAAUCUCAAAAAGUGAGUUAUUGGACAGAGAGCUAAAGGCAUAUUUGGAUAUGAAUACAUAUCUGGAUUGGCAAGACGUCCGAUUUUGGGACAAAUUACGCUACGCCAUGCCACAUAAAGUGGGUGUAGAGAGGAAUACCGAUAUGCUAAAGAUUAACGGCAGAAUGUAUGUUAUGGGACAAGUUGAGAUGAAUCGUUUGGGUGACGACAUUGUUUAA